UAUCUAGUAGCUUCGAUAUGUGCGCAGUUUUGGGGUAUUUCUGGGAACGCGUUGUUAAUUGUAUGUGUUAGGACUCUCUCCAGUCGACGUAUUUCAGACACUCGGCGAGUUUGCUGCGGCCUACCGUUACGUUUAAGCGUUAGCUAGCAGCGGCGGCAUGCUAAACUCAUCUUUCGUUAGCUGAACUACAAAAUGGGCGUCUAUCAAGAUACAAACGAGUCUUUUUAACGUGCCAGUGGUUUUAGAUUUUGCCCGCCUCGCAUGUGCGCAGUUGUCCAUUUGUGUUUCAUUGACUGGGUUAUAAGGCAAGCAGCCGGCUGUGUUCGCGUGCGGCAGGCUAGUCAGCUGUUUACGCGAAAACAUUUCCCAACAUGAGUAGCUCCGAGGAAGUGUCGUGGAUUUCUUGGUUUUGUGGUCUACGGGGAAACGAGUUCUUCUGUGAGGUAGAUGAGGACUACAUUCAGGACAAGUUCAAUCUUACAGGACUCAAUGAGCAAGUUCCCCAUUACAGACAAGCCCUGGACAUGAUCCUGGAUCUGGAACCUGAUGAGGAGCUGGAGGACAACCCUAACCAGAGUGACCUGAUUGAGCAGGCUGCUGAGAUGCUGUAUGGACUGAUCCAUGCGCGCUAUAUCCUCACUAACCGUGGCAUUGCCCAGAUGCUGGAGAAGUACCAGCAGGGAGAUUUUGGCUAUUGUCCUCGUGUUUACUGUGAGAAUCAGCCAAUGCUGCCUAUUGGGCUCUCUGAUAUUCCUGGUGAGGCCAUGGUGAAGCUCUACUGCCCUAAGUGUAUGGAUGUGUACACACCCAAGUCAUCCAGGCACCAUCACACCGAUGGAGCCUAUUUUGGCACUGGCUUCCCCCACAUGCUCUUCAUGGUGCAUCCCGAGUACCGGCCGAAGAGGCCCGCCAACCAGUUUGUGCCCAGGCUUUAUGGUUUCAAGAUUCACCCAAUGGCUUACCAGCUGCAGCUGCAGGCAGCCUCCAGCUUCAAGAGUCCCGUCAAAGCGAUCCGCUAAGAACCUGAGCAGGGUGGGGUGGGAUGGGGUGGGUUGUGUGUCCGUCGGCAUGGCCUCACUCUUCUCCAACAAUUUUAGAUUCGACCAAGACUAAAGUUUAAAUACGGAGAGAGCGAGACUAUAAAACACUCUGGGGAGAAACAAAAACCUUACCUCUGAAACACUGUACAGAAAACGGGGUGUUCCUUGUGAAAAUCAUUUCAGUUCUUAACCUCCACAUAGAAAAUAAAGUUACAAUUAAAGCUAGAUACCUGUAGGAUGGCUCCGCUCACUCUCUGGUCCUGUUUGUUUUAGUUCCCUAAGCUUAAGUAACGUUCGUGAAUUGACAUCUUAGUUCAUGACGUGACGUAUGGUUGAUCGAUUGUCAUUCAGUGCCCUCCUUUGUACAACCAGAUAUUUGGCUUACUUUAAAAUGUCUGUUGCAUGCAAAAGGCGGUAUAUUUUGGAUUUGUUUUAAGCUCAGAGUAAUAUAGCUGGGAUCGUCUGUGACUUUUCUUUGUUGACAGACUGCAAGCUUUCAGUGCAUGUAUUAGGAAAGACCAGAAAUGGGAAGACACAAACGCAAUCAGGAAGCUGUCUCCGUCUUAAUUAGACCAGUGUUUUGUUUUAAUCUUCAGUCGGAACGACACCAACCUGCUAAGUUCCUCCGGUGUCAAGAUUACUUCAGAGAGAUUUUACUAGAUUCACCACAGACAGGAUGUUUUUUUAUGUUUGGUAUGGGCCCAGGUUGUUCUUCUCUUGUUUAAAGUAUUUCUUCUGGUAGAGAGGUGUAAGAAUAGAAUAUAUAAAUCAGUUUGAAAGCAUCGGAAGGUUUUUUUCCCCCUUCUUUACAGCUGUUGAGGAACCAGGGUUCAGAAUUCACAAUAAAUGUCUUUUCCUAA